AUGGAUCAAGAAAAACGUCUGGACCUACACCAUGUAUCUCUUGCCAAUAACUAUAAUCUUGACAAAACUGGCGAGUUUUUGACGCAGUUACACCAGGCAACUGGUUUCACAGAAGAUCAAGUAGCAAACGCGGAAGUGCUCAAGAACCAGCUGAACUUGCAGGAUGAAGAUGCAACGAUCAAGCAAUUUGUGUUUCAAAGCCAGUGUUUGAUUCUGGGAGACUCAGGAGCUGGUAAAACAAGUCUUGUUAACUCACUCACAGGAAAACCUUUCGAUCCUAGUCAAACCAAGACUCGGAAAAUGCAACAGAAACUGGUGGACGAAAAGUGGAAAAACUUGGACAUGAAGGAUCUCCUGUUUGGUAGUCUGUGGUGGUUUUGCAAUAGACUUUGUGUGCAACUGACCUUGUAUGGGCCGGCAGAACACCGAAACAUUGUUCUUCGAAACUUGAAUUAUUGGACAAACGUACUUCCUGAAGUUAAAACCAUGAUGAGAUCUAUAAUUCUUACAUUUUGCCUGUUGUCUAUUGCCCCUGGAACCGAGUUCAUCCGUCUCCUACAUGCAGUACUUGUAGUCCUACUCAUUAUUUCAUCAAAUAUUGUUUUUUUAUACUUUUUAAACUACAAUCACACCAUUAGGUUAAUAGUAACGACAGUUGCCUUCACUUUCAGGACUCAUGGAUUGCUGAUAGGUGCUUUUUCAGCUUUAACUCUAGUAUGUUAUCAUUAUGGAAAGAUUUCUCUUGGUGUCGAUGGCUGCCUCUUGAUUCUUCUUACUUGGGGCCUUGUGAUUGUUGUACUCAUCCUCUCAUGUUUGGGAAUCACAUGGCAUUGUCUAUAUCCAAGACAACUGAAGUUUAAGUAUCAAUCUUCUCUGAGAAUUGUUUGCUUCAUGCCAUUCCUACUUUCUGUAUUAGUUGGCCAGGUGACCUUUAGUGCUUUAGCGAUACUUUUGAUCAACUACUGUACAGUGCUUGGCCUUUCAAUUAAGAAUCCUGAUGAGUUUGUUCAAUCACUUGUGUCAGUGUUCAGUUUUUGGUGGACAGCUGAAUUACUUAUAUCAGCAUAUACAUAUAUCAAAAUUAUACUAUUUAAGUGGUUUAGUAGAGGCAUUUUCAAAGUUGCAGUCACAUGCAUUUUAAUUGCCGUGUAUAUUUUCUUAUUCAUUCAGCUUUUCAACAUGUACUGGUAUCUGUCUUUCAAUAGUACAAUAUUUCUAAUUUUCCUGUGUGACAGCCUUUUUAGAGACCAGCUGAAUAUGCAGGAAUUAGGAAUUGAAGGUAACAUGUUCACUUUAGUUGUUAUUGAAAAACAAGAGCUACAAACGAAACAGCUCAAGAUUGCCCUACAUGAGAAGUUUUCCUCAAUUAAAUUGAGGAUCCUUGAUUUUCCUGGAGAUAAGGAAUAUCAUCCUUACUAUCAAAUAUUUCUUAGAAAAAAGGCUUUUUAUGUCAUUGUAUUUAACAUGGCCAAUUUUGCAGAAAAUGAUUUCAAUGGAAUUGAUUCCAAAUGUAACCGAUUACAGUUUUGGUUUGAAACUCUCUGUAGCCAAGUCCCACCCAAUCCUCCAAUUUUCCUGGUAGGAACUCAAAGAGGAGACAUGGAUAGGAACAACAUUAAAAGAUUAGAUGAACACCUAAGAAGCUGCCUUUGGAAUACAUACUGUGAUGAGCUAGUGGUAAAUGACACUGAGGACCUGGUUUUUUUUCCUAUUGAGAAUUCGAAAAGGAAGGAGGAAAGUGGAGUUCGAGUUCUCCAAGAGAAAAUUACCACUGUGGCCUAA